AUGCUCAAGCAAGUGACUGGCGAAUCGGGCGUCGAUGAUACUUCAGAAGUCAAUCUGCACACCAUACUGGUUUGGGCUCUACCUGCACAACCGGUCGCAUCAAUUGACCGGUAUUUUAGAGUGCUCCUCAAGCUAAAGAGCCGUAAAUUGCUCGAUACCGUAUGGGGCCAAGUUCUGAGGCGUUUGUCUGCCAAACCAGCCGAUCACGAUUUCCACACUGCCUAUUCCUGUAUAAUGGCCCUGAUUUUGGAAGGGGAUGUCGCGAUGGCCACCACGUAUCUGGAAGAAAUCUCAAAGCGCGCUGAUAACAGGCUUCCUUAUAUAUCGAAGUUCAAAAACCUGAGUGUACUUCUCGCUAAUCAAGAAGUUUGCGAGUUGCUAUCUCGUCUCUCUGGGGAGGAUGAAUACCUCAAGAUACUCGAAGUCCAACUCGAACACAUGGAGAAGAGGCUAGGGAUCAGCUGGCUGCCCGACGAAUCUCUUCACACGAGUAUAUCUGACAUCAGUUACAAUGCGACCGGACACCCUCUUCUUACGAUGGACGGAGACAGUACUGGAUACGAAAGCAGCGAACGCUUGAUUGCCGAAAUGCACGCUUUAGGUUGUUCUGGAUCGCUUUCAGAUCUCACCAGACUUGCCAAUUGCUUAGACGAGCACGGAGGUGAACAGAUUCCGGUUGUUCAAUCAUCCACUGAAAAUACACCGCUAGAGCUGGCCUGGGUACCUCAACGCUGCCCCGUCGAUGUUCUAGACUCUUCUGAAGUGAGACCUUUGGAACACACGACGAGCUCACCUUCCUCUCUAGGUUUGCUCCGGCUCGACCCUGAAAAUUCCGGGUUGUCACCAGCAGAUACUCGCUCACUGCACCUGAUGCAGCUGGGAUAUCUGAUCAUAAAGCCCAAAGCACCCAGUUCGGAGCACGAAUGGAGAGAAUCGGGCCAUAUGGUAGCCCUGGACCGCACUUCAGGCCAGCUCUUCGCAGUCUUUGUCGGGAAGGCUCAGGGCCGAAUAAGACCGGGCAUCCAGUCGCAUAUGCCACGAAUACCAUUCGAUCUCAAUUCGAUAAUGAAAAUCCAACUGCGAAGCGACUUUAAGAGAACUAAACAUAGGCGCAAUCACUCGUCACCGGAACUCGAUAUCACCAAAUGCUAUCUUGAUGUGGAUCCAUGUAAAGAUUUGGUGAUUUGA